UGUGCGGAGCGGAGGAGGAGGAGGACCGGCGGAUACAGACAGGAGUUAUGCCUCAGCUCCGGGAUUAUAAAUCUCCCCUGGCUUCACUCUUUUUCACGCGUGCUGCUUUUUCUCCCAUUUUUCGAUUUCGACUCUACUUUUAUCUCCCCUCUUUCUUCUGGAGAAGGAAAUAAGGAAAGCCAGCCGUGCGUCAUGGCGCGUCUUUGCGCAUUUUUUCUGGAUCUUUGAAAGGAGAAAAGUGACUUCUCUUGCCUGGACUAAAAUGACGCGCUUUCUGUGCGUGGGGGAGAAGAGAGGCAGCGUUUCGCAGCCCGUGUCUCUCUGUGAAUAUUUGGCUGCAGCUGCUGGUGAUCUGCGUGAAGCCACUGAAUAAAUCGCUCUCUGUAAGGAAAAAAAAGGUUGCAGCGAGCGGCUUUUUCUCCCCCCGAGUCUCCUCUGCCUCUGACUAUGUGCCAAGUCAAUUCACCACAUAGCUGAUUUGUCAUGGUUUCCUCUUUUUUUAUUUUUCAUGAUUGAUUUUUUUCAGGAGGGAUUUUGGAUUUUUUUGGAUUCAAAGCGAAGGUCAAUAGAGAGAUUUGCGCAUCACUCUUGCGUCACGCUCCCAUUUUUAAACCAAAUAACGGUGUUGCGCCAGUUUUUUGGAAGCCUGUGUGCUUGUGUGUGAGAGAGUGUGUGCUUUUGUGUGAGUGUGAGCGCCUCUGCCUGCUUGCCCCCCCCCCCUCACUCUCCCAACAGCAAGAAGUCAUCCCCUGAUAUUUUUCUUUUCACACAAGGCUCACGCUGCAAAGUUAAAUGCUGGAUCUAUAUUUCAGCAACCAUUUUUGGCUGUAAAAAUGCUGAGCGGCGUCCUCUUUCUGAGCGUCCUCACGGUCACAAGCCUGACACCGUCCGAAACGCAGAGCCGCAAAACUUCAGCCUCAAAAGAAAUCUGCAAGAAUCGCUGCACCUGCGAGGAGAGGGAGAAUAUUCUCAACAUCAACUGUGAGAAUAAAGGAUUUACCACAGUCAGUCAGUUCUCAGCGCCCCCUAAUAAAAUCUCUCAGCUUUUUCUAAAUGGAAACUUCCUGUCAAGGCUAGGCGCCAAUGAGUUUGUCAAUUAUGGCAAUGUCACUUCGCUGCAUCUUGGGAAUAAUGGCUUGCAGGAGAUCAAAACUGGCGCUUUUAACGGGCUGCGCUUUCUGAAGCGGCUCCAUUUGAACAAUAACAACUUGGAGGUGAUAAAAGAGGACACGUUUGCAGGACUGGAGAGUUUGGAGUAUUUACAGGCAGACUAUAAUUAUAUCAGUGCCAUAGAGCCCGGAGCUUUCAGUAAGCUGAAUAAACUGAAAGUGUUGAUCUUAAAUGACAACCUGCUCUUAUCUUUGCCUCCCAACAUAUUUCGCUUUGUGCUGCUCACACACUUGGAUUUACGAGGCAACCGGCUCAAGAUGCUGCCGUUUGCUGGGGUUUUAGAGCACAUAGGUGGGAUAAUGGAGAUCCAGCUGGAGGAGAACCCAUGGAACUGCACUUGUGAUCUGAUUCCCCUCAAAUCCUGGCUGGACACCAUCUCUGUGUUUGUAGGGGACAUUGUGUGCGAGACCCCGUUCAGGCUGCAUGGGAAAGACAUCACCCAGCUCAUAAAGCAGGAUCUGUGCCCUCGCAGGAAUGCUGGUGAGCGUGCUCAUCCCCCCUCUGACUCUCACUUUCAAGGGGCCCUGCCCCCGACCUACCACCCAGGCGGGAUCACCCCCACUCGAGCCCCGAAAGCUUCCCGCCCACCUAAGAUGCGAUACAGGCCCACUCCUCGGAUUUCAAAAGACAAACAUGUCUUUGGGCCCAUCAUGGUUUACCAGACACGCUCCCCUGUGCCCAUGUUGUGUCCAAGUGUGUGUGUGUGCACAUCACAAAACCCGGACAGUGGCCUGAACAUUAAUUGCCAAGAGCGGAAAUUGCAUAACAUCAGUGAGCUGAACCCUAAGCCCUCCUACCCCAAGAAACUCCACCUGACCGGUAACUACUUACAAGUGAUUUACAGGACUGACCUCACUGAGUACAGCUCACUGGAGCUGCUUCAUUUAGGAAAUAACAGGAUAGCAGUGAUUCAGGAAGGGGCUUUUGAAAACCUCACAAACCUCAGGCGGCUCUAUCUGAAUGGGAAUUACAUUGAAUCUCUUUCUCAGUCUCUCUUUGCCGGGCUGCAGUCCCUGCAGUAUCUGUAUUUGGAAUACAAUAUCAUCAAAGAUAUUUUACCACAAACUUUUAACUCUUUACACAACCUGCAGCUGCUUUUUCUGAACAACAACCUGUUAAGAUCGCUCCCUGACAAUGUGUUUGGUGGCACAAUGCUAACAAGACUCAACCUGCGGAAUAAUCAUUUCUCCUACCUGCCGGUUCGAGGGGUCUUGGAUCAGCUUUCAGCGUUCAUCCAGAUUGACCUCCAGGAGAACCCCUGGGACUGCACAUGUGACAUUGUGGCACUCAAAAACUGGAUGGAGCUGUCUAGUACCAGCGUGGUGGUUAAUGAAAUUACUUGUGACUCUCCUUCUAAACAUGCAGGUCGCCUUCUUCGCUCACUUCGCAAUGAGGCCAUCUGCCCUGAGCCCAGUGAGGUGCCACCACCUCAACAUGCCCCCCCUACAAAAUCCCCAACAUUAAUAAGCCCUGGCACAGUGGCUUCAACACCCACCCCUUCCUCUUCUAUUUCUUCUUCUCCUUCUUCUUCUUCUCCUUCUUCUUCAUUUAGCUCUGUCAGCCCCACCGAAUCCCGAAUCCACACUCCUGAGCUGCACCCUGAGGUUCCUCUUUCGGUCCUGAUUCUUGGGCUCCUGGUUGUUUUCAUCCUUUCAGUCUGCUUUGGUGCAGGCCUCUUUGUUUUUGUUCUGAAGCGACGCAAAGGAGUUGAACACGUCCCCACAGGCGCCAAUAACUUAGAUCUAAACUCAUUCCAAGUGCAAUAUGGCUCCUACACUCCUGAACCCACCCAAGACAAAUCCUCUGAAAGCCACGUUUAUAACUACAUCCCUCCACCUGUGGGCUCCAUGUGCCAAAACCCAAUCUACAUGCAGAAAGAUGGAGAACAGGUGGCAUAUUACCGCAACCUGAAGGAACUCAGCUUUGGGCCCCUGGAUGCGAAAAAGGGUGACGCUCAGAGCCGCAGCCCGGGGGCCUACACCAUCAGCACAAUGGAUUUUAUGGAUAAAUCUCCCACAUCAUGUGGUUUGACCACACCGGACCCUCCUGAGAUGCUGUAUCAGAAUUUAGGGGAGAGGCCCAAUAAGGAGCUCCCCACAGCUGCAGGCGCCCCCCCUUUUCACUACAACUUUUGCACUUUACCCAAGAGACCUUGUAUCGUGCCCCCCUAUGAGGUCGCUACAGCUCGACGGCAUAUCACCAAUCAGGACAGGUUGAACAAAACCGUGCUGUACGGGACCCCCAGGAAAUACUUUGGGGCAGAAAACCCCUCCAAAAACAAUGAGCACCCGCUGCUGCUCCCUGGGAAGCUAAAAACAGAACCAGACUACCUGGAGGUUCUGGAGAAACAGACUGCGAUGAGCCAACUGUAAGAUAGCGACAAUUCCCCCCUUUUCCCCCUCCCCUCUUCCCAGGUUCUGUGCAGCAUUCAUAAUAAUCACGCAGUUACUGUAAUAAUAGCCCUCUCUAUAUAUCUAUCUUAUCUAUCUGUGUUCAAUCUUACAUGAUUGAUGGAAGCGAACCGAAGUCUUUGAUGAUUUUUCUUCAUUUUCUUCUCUUUUUUUUUCCUUUUAAAGCUGUAUAAAAGGAGUAUAAGAAAUAUAUUAUUAUGCAGUUCUAUUUUUUUCCCCCUGGAAGGUAUAAAUUAUUUCUUCUUUUUUUUGGAAAAAUGAACCUCUAAAGACUUUGAUGACAGCAGGUAUACCAUGGGCGGGACUGUGUACAAAUACGGCUUUGUGCUUUUCAUAAAACUGUAUUUUAAAUCCCUGUGAAAAUAUGGAUAAAGUCUGAAAUGAUUAUUCUUUGUAGAAGAGGAAAUGCUCCGGAUCGACAUUCCUGUACAUAUUAAGCAUACAAAGAUAAAUGGUGAGUGUUAAACCAUGAAAGGGAAACCUUUUCACAAUCCAACAAGCGGCAAAAUCUUACGAUACUCCAGAAAGUGCCUUUGCACUCAACUAUUUUAUCAACAAUGCUCUCUGCAAAAUGGAAAUGUUCCUUUUUUUGAAAGUGCUGUAUUUUAAAGAAUCAAAUCUUUAUGUAUAAUAGAAGACUUAUUUGUCUGUUUAAAAAGAUGAAAAAUGAACAAAAAAAAAGAGACUGUGAAAUGAUAAUGGAGUUCUUGACAGGGAGAAUCAUGUCAUUUUGCUUUCCAUAUGAAGUGUCUUUGGAGAUGUAAAACUUAUAGAGAAUAUUGUAUGCUAUAGGGGAGCAAUACAAUGAGGCGAAGUUGCGCCAUUAAACUUUCACUGAAGCACUUUGUCAAGAUCCUGAGCUUGAGGUACAUUUUUGCUUCAAAUGUGCAUAAUUAUUUGUGGCUGCUGGUGCUGCUGUGUGCUGUGGGCUGUUUGUGUGUGGUGGGAGCUAGAGAAAAUGCCUGCAGCUCCUCCUUCUCUCUCUCUCUCUCUCUCUCUCUCUCUCUCUCUGUCCGCUGAGAUGUGAUGGCUCCUCCGGUGAUUGACGAGGUGCAUUUUUUGGCUGCUGCCUAUCUUGACUGAUAGCCACAGCUUCCUUUUUUCUCUGACCUGACACUGCAUUUUCAAGGUUUUCUCCCACUUCUGCCAACCCCCCUUCCCUCUGUGAAAGUGCCUCUUCAUCCAUCUAAUGCUGCACAGACAAUAUGUUUGAUGUAAGGGUUCAAUAAUUUUUGUUCAUCAGGGUCAAGAAUGCUUCAGUUUUAGUGAGUGCUGGAAAGCGUGGAGGGUACAAGUUAAUCCUAGCCUGAAGAGAGAUAUGUAGACAGAAAAAUGUGCUUUUUUUUUACAACUGCUGCUCCACAGGAUUGUAAUCUUACAGCAGAGAAGAAGUGUCAGUAGUGGAGUAAUUAACAGUGGGGAAUUGCCUAUUGUCAAAGAAAAAUGUGCCGAUGCUGAAAAUGGAGGUCUGAUUUAACGACUCUGCUUGAAGCUGUUUCUCACUGAAUGUAGCAUUCCUCUGCAUCCUGAUACUCAUCCAUGCAGGCUGAUAGAAAUGAAGCAUUUUAACAGGUGCUGCUUCUCUUGCAGUAGGAAGACUUUUUCAUAACAUAUUAUUGUCAUAAAUGCUGCAAGGAGUCUGUGAGAAACCACCUCUUUUGAGCCCACCAUGACAAAAUGUUGUAUUUUAUCUACCCGCCGUGUGUUUAAAAGCCUGUCUUCGUCUCUCUUGACAUGGAUGAACUGUGCUCCCCGCUCUAAUGCUAAUUCUGUUUUGUGUCCUUCAACUCGAGUUGACAUUGGC